AUGCGAGGGGCGAAGAAGCGCCAGGCGCUGCCCGCCAUCGUGCUCCUGCUGCUGGCCUCGGCCCCUCCGCCACCCGGCGCCGAGGGCAGGGACGUGCCCUCCUCCGGCGCCGAGCGGGGGGCGCUGCUCGAUUUCCUUCUCCAAGCCCUGGGCGACGGCGAACGCCCGCUGCCGCCCCGCCCGCCGCGGCGGGACCGGGUGAUCUCCCGGCGGUACAUCGGCGGCGCCCCGUCGCCGGACCCCCGCUCUGUUGCCGUCGCCGCCGCCGCCCCCCGGCCGCCGCCGGCCGUCGCCCCGCCGCCUCCACGGCUCUUCGCCACCGCCCGACACGGAGAAAUUUUUCCAAGAGAUUCCACUCUAAAAGACAAGUUCAUAAAACAUUUUACAGGACCAGUCACGUUUUCAUCAGAGUGUAGCAAGCACUUUCAUCGACUGUAUCACAACACAAGGGACUGCUCAACUCCAGCCUAUUACAAAAGGUGUGCAAGGUUGCUAACAAGAUUAGCAAUGAGUCCUUUGUGUACACAGUCCUAGGAUGUUUGCUGUACUUUCUACCAAGGAGAGAAUUCUGAUUUGCCAAGAAAGUGCCUUGAAAUCUUCCAAGACAGAGAAGACAUCUUUUACCUUUUUGAUUUACAACGUUUUGUUACUAGAUGCUUUUUAUUUUCAUAUAUUUGUCGGACAUUCCAUAUUUGUGUGAAACAUUAUUUUAUUUUAAUUUGUAAAUUUGUUGCCUAUAGUUCAGACAAGCCAAUUAUUUAAAUACAUUGUAUAUAAAGAAUACUAAUGAUAUACUGAUUAAAUGUUUCAACCAUAUGCAGGGAGUUGGUAAAAUUUUGCUGUUUCUCUUGUUCCAUUGUAUUUACAUCAUUCUGCUCAGGCUCUUACUUUCAUUAUUUGCACUAACUUGAAAUGCAGAAGUCUAUGUAACUGAAAUCUGAAUAAGCUGUAAGUGGAAAGUUUUACUUGCCAUGGAAGAUAUUUUAUAUUAUGAAGCUUUGUUAAUAUAUACAUAUAUAUUAUUGCACAUCAGAAAAAAAUUUGCUCAGAAAUGCACCUUGCUUUCAGGAACAUUUGUAUGACUAUUCUGGAUUGUCAUCAGUUGCAUUUGUACUGGCACUUAUGGAAAGAGUUGCAAAUAAUGUAAAUAUAAAGACUGGAAAACUGCAAUGCAGUUUUGAUGGAAUAAAGGAC